GCUUGGUGAACAAAGCAGAUUGUUAUCGGAGGUUGAGAUGCUCUGAAGCGCAGAGAAUAAACCCUAGGACGGGCGGGACCUUUACCGAUUUGAUGCUUAUUCGGUGGACCUAUAGAUGGACUCAUUCAUUUUCGGAGGCGCAUUUAUACAGAAGUUUUCUUAGCAUUUCUGGCCACUACUUUCUACUACUUCUGGUGAAAAGCUAGAUAGGAGUGCAUCACCUCUAGUAAAAUUGAAUCCUUGGCUACAAGCACCUUAUUCUCCUUUGGGUACUAAAAGCUCCAAGUGGAAUUACAUGAAGAGGCCAUCCUUAUGUGAUACUGGUGCUUCAAGAGUGAAUCAGUUAAUGCCUAUAGUUCAUCCUCUUGAUUCUCAAGCAUUGAACAGUUUAUCGAACUCUCUCUGUCUUGCUGCAAAAGUUGAAGGUUUGGAGGAUUUCUCGUCUUCAAGGAUUGGAUAUCCACUGACAAAUACUCAUGGAGAACAAGCAAGCAUUUUAAAUAAUGUUGCAUAUGAAGAACCUGCAGAAAUUGGUGUUUUGAUGAAGCCGAAGUCAAAACAUUAUUCUAGUGCUGCUCAGCAAGUUGAAGAAACCAUUGCAACAAAAAAAGAUGGAUCUUCUAAAGUAAUAAGCAGUCGGAUAUAUAGAGCCAAGGUUGCCGAAGCAAUUAAAGCCUUGAAUAAUGCUCUACCAAAUACUGAAACUGGUAAUCAGGCAUCCAUACUAGAUAAAGUCAUAGAUUAUAUCAAGUAUCUGAAACAUCGGCUAAAUGUAAGUGACAUUUAAUGCAUC